AUGAUAAAAGAAGUUGCACGAAUUUUGACUGAUAGUGAAGAUCUUCCAGGAUUUCUGAGGAACCAUGUUGUUGGCUUGCUGAACAGCAUUGACAGAAAAAUGCUUCAUGUGGAGGACAUGUGUCUGCAGAAACAAGCCAUCCGACGCAUAGAAAUGCUGAUUAAUUUGAUGGGCUCACAUCUUAGCACGUAUGUACCGAAAAUCAUGGUUCUUCUCAUGCAUUCUAUCAAUAAGGAAUGGCUUCAGGGUGAGGGUCUCUCGGUAUUGCAUUUUUUCUUAAAGCAAUUAGCGAUUGUAUCUCCAUCUAGCACCAAGCAUGUUGUUUCUCAAGUUUUUGCGGCUCUUGUCCCAUUCCUGGAGAAAGAGACAGAAAAGUCAUCUCCCUUUAUGAUUAAAAUUGUUGAGAUAUUGGAAGAACUUGUGGUUCAGAAUAAGGUUGUUCUAAAGCAACAUAUCCGUGAGUUCCCAACUGUACCCAACGUUCCUGCCCUGACAAGAGUGAACAAGGUCAUUCAAGAAGCACGUGGAUCCAUGACCUUGAAAGAUCAAUUACAUGAUGUUGUGGAGGGACUAAAUCAUGAAAAUUUGAACGUAAGAUACAUGGUUGCAUCUGAGCUAAGCAAGCUGCUGAACUUAAAGAGGGAAGAGUUCAUGGCUUUGUUCACCAAGGAAGCGGAUUCAGUAAUGGAUGUAGUGAGCUCCUUAAUAACAUCACUUUUUAAAGGCUGUGCGGAGGAAUCAAGGACUUCAGUUGGACAGCGCUUAAAGCUGAUAUGUGCAGAUUGCCUGGGUGCUAUUGGUGCUAUCGAUCCUGCGAAAAUCAAGGUUAAUCCCAGCACAAGGUUUAAAAUUGCAUGUUCCGACGAUGAUUUAAUUUUUGAGUUGAUACAUAAACAUCUAGCUAGGGCUUUCAGAUCUGCACCUGAUACUAUUAUUCAAGAUUCAGCUGCCUUGGCUAUUCAGGAGCUACUAAAAAUUGCAGGAUGUGAGGCGUCACUUGAUGAGAAUGUUCUGGAACGGACAAAAAACACGAAGGUGGGCAAAUUGUCUAAUGACUAUCCUGCAAUGUCUGGUAGGGGGCAGAGGUUGUGGGACAGGUUCUCAAAUUAUAUUAAAGAGAUAAUAGCCCCUUGCUUAACAUCACGUUUCCAACUUCCUAACAUGUCUGAUUCUGCUGCUUGUGGUCCUAUAUACCGCCCUUCCAUGUCGCUACGAAGAUGGAUAUAUUUUUGGAUUAAAAAAUUAACAGCACAUGCCACAGGUUCGCGGUCUGCAAUUUUUAAUGCUUGUCGAGGUAUAGUACGUCAUGAUAUGCAUGUAGCCAUGUAUCUUCUACCGUACCUUGUACUAAAUGCUGUGUGUGACGGUACUGAGGAUGCACGCAGUGGCAUAACAGAGGAAAUUUUGUCAGUUCUUAAUGCGGCUGCUUCAGAUAGUAGCGCACUUGCUGUUCAGGGUAGCAACUCAGGGAAAAGUGAGGUGUGCAUUCAAGCUGUAUUCACUCUUCUCGAUAAUCUAGGCCAAUGGGUGGAUGAUGUUAAACAAGAACUCGCCCUUUCCCAGCCACUUCAAUCGUGCAACCCUAAGCAGCUAGCCAACAAGUCGAAGGACCAGAAUAUGAACGUUUCAAAGGAUUCAAACCAGGCUCUUGUACAAUGCACAUACGUGGCAGAACUUCUGGGUGCAAUUCCUAAAGUUACUCUUGCUAAGGCCUCAUUCAGAUGUCAGGCCUAUGCCAGGUCUUUAUUAUACUUUGAGUCUUAUGUGCGCACCAAGUCUGGAGCUUUCAAUCCUGCUUCUGAAAAGAGCGGUGUCUUUGAGGAUGAGGACAUAUCCUUUUUAAUGGAAGUGUAUAGUGGAUUGGAUGAGCCAGAUGGAUUAUCUGGUCUGGCAUCUCUUCGUAAAUCAAAAAGCUUACAAGAUCAUAUCUUGAUUAAUAAAAAGGCAGGAAACUGGGCUGAAGUUUUGACUUCUAGCGAGCAGGCUCUCCAGAUGGAACCUUUUUCUGUUCAGUGGCACUCUGAUGUCCUUAAUUGCUUGCUCAACAUGUGUCAUUUACAGGCCAUGGCAACUCAUGUAGAUGGACUAAAUUCUAGGAUUCCUCAGUAUAGGAAAACAUGGUGCACCCAAGGGGUUCAAGCUGCCUGGAGGCUUGGGAGGUGGGACUUGAUGGAUGAAUAUUUGACUGGGGCUGAUGAAGAAGGUGUACUGUGUAGCAGCUGUGAGAGUAAUGCUCUGUUUGAUAAGGAUGUCGCCAAGAUUCUUCAGGCAAUGAUGAAAAAGGAUCAAUUUUCUGUUGCUGAGAAAAUUGCUUUGUCUAAACAAGCUCUAAUUGCUCCCCUUGCUGCUGCUGGGAUGGAUUCUUAUGCACGAGCCUACCCAUUUGUAGUAAAGCUUCACUUGCUUCGGGAACUUGAGGAUUUUAAUUCUCUUCUUAAUGGAGAGUCUUUCUUGGGAAAGAGUUUCCAACUGAAUGAACCUGAAUUCAAAAGAACAUUGGAAAACUGGGAAAGCCGGCUCAAACUUACCCAACCAUCUCUAUGGGCAAGGGAACCUCUCUUGGCCUUCCGGAGUCUUGUUUUUCGCGCCAGUGGUCUUGGCGCUGAACUCGGGAACUGUUGGAUACAGUACGCAAAGCUCUGUCGUUCAGCCGGUCAUUAUGAAACGGCUAAUCGAGCAAUUUUGGAAGCAAAGGCCUCUGGGGCAUGCAAUGUUCACAUCGAGAAGGCUAAGCUUCUCUGGAGCACAAGAAGGGCGGAUGGCGCCAUUGCUGAGCUGCAGCAGUCACUUCUCAACAUGCCCGUUGAGGUUAUCGGCUCUGCUGCUAUUUCAUCAAUGACCAGCUUAUACGUGGUUCCUAUUAAUCCUGCCCCUUUACUCUCUGAUAUUCAGUCUUUGAAUGAGAAUCGGGAUGUUGCGAAGACCCUUCUCUUGUACUCUAGGUGGAUUCAUUACACCGGUCAAAAGCAAAAAGAAGAUGUGAUAAAUUUAUAUUCCAGGGUGAAGGAAAUGCAGCCAAAAUGGGAAAAAGGAUAUUUUUAUAUAGCAAAAUAUUGUGAUGAGGUACUUGUUGAUGCUCGAAAACGCCAAGAAGACAGUACGGAGCAAUCUGGGAGAGUGAUGGUGUCUAAUUUAUCGCUUGCACCUUCUACGAAAGGGAAUUCCGAACGAAGAUGGUGGGCUUACCUUCCAGACGUGCUCUUGUUCUAUGCAAAAGGGCUUCACAGGGGCCACAAGAAUCUUUUCCAAGCACUGCCAAGGUUGUUAACUCUGUGGUUUGACUUCGGGAACGUUUAUCACCGAAGUAAUAUACAGUCCAGUAUGAAGAAUGUACAUACAAAGAUAAUGAGCAUCAUGAGAGGAUGUUUGAAGGAUUUGCCGACUUACCAAUGGUUGACUGUCUUACCCCAACUGGUCUCGAGGAUUUGCCACCAAAAUGAAGAAACUGUCCGCUUGGUGAAGCACAUAAUCACUUCUGUCCUUCAGCAGUAUCCUCAACAAGCCCUCUGGACCAUGGCAGCUGUCACAAAAUCAACCGUCCCUUCAAGAAGGGAUGCUGCUGCUGAGAUCAUACAAGCUGCUAAAAGAGGAGCAAGCCAAGGAGGUCCCAACCCUUUGUUUGUGCAGUUUGCUGCACUAGUGGAUCAUCUGAUUAGGUUAUGCUUCCAUCCCGGCCAAUCAAAGGCUAGAACAAUCAAUCUUUUGACGGAGUUUAGUUCUCUGAAGAGGAUGAUGCCGGUGGACAUUAUAAUGCCAACCCAGGAAGCUCUCACUGUGAAUCUACCAUCAUGUGAUGUGAAGUUAACAGAUUCUGGUACGUCUGAUCUAUUUUCUCAUUUGGAUCUGCCAACAAUAUCAGGAAUAGCCGAUGAGGCCGAGAUUCUUUCAUCACUUCAGCGCCCAAAGAAAAUCAUUCUCAUUGGCAGUGAUGGAUCUGAGCGCCCAUUUCUUUGCAAACCAAAGGAUGACCUACGAAAAGAUGCACGAAUGAUGGAGUUCAAUGCAAUGAUAAACCGUUUACUUUCAAAAAGCCCUGAAAGUAGACGACGGAAGCUCUAUAUCCGUACAUUUGCGGUGAUCCCAUUGACAGAAGACUGUGGCAUGGUUGAGUGGGUGCCUCAUACUCGUGGGCUCCGGCAUAUUCUCCAGGAUAUCUAUAUAAGCUGUGGGAAGUUUGAUAGACAGAAAACAAAUCCUCAAAUUAAGCGGAUUUAUGAUCAAUCGUCACAUGAUAAGAUGCCAGAAGAAGAAAUGCUGAAGACCAAAAUUCUGCCGAUGUUCCCUCCAGCUUUCCACAAGUGGUUUCUAAACACAUUCUCGGAGCCAGCUAUGUGGUUUAGAGCUCGAAUUGCCUAUGCCCAUACUACUGCAGUUUGGUCAAUGGUUGGGCACAUUAACAUGAUUGAUGGGCUCGGCAUAACUGGAUACGAAGGCACAUAUCGAAGGGUUUGCGAGAUCACACUUUCAACUCUAAGGGCGAACAAGGAGACACUCAUGAGUGUUCUGGAGACCUUUAUACAUGAUCCUCUUGUGGAGUGGACUAAGCACCAUAAGUCUAGUGGAGUCGAAGUACAGAAUCCACACGCACAGCGAGCCAUUAGUAACAUGGAAGCACGGUUACAAGGAGUUGUGGUCGGUGUAGGGGCAGCACCAUCGUUGCCUCUCGCCGUAGAAGGACAAGCUCUUCGUCUAAUAGCAGAGGCUGUUUCACUUAAAAACCUUGGAAAGAUGCCAACGUUCAACCCCCAAAAUCCUGGUGAAAAACUGAUCAGCUGAGAUGUUUUGCCACAAGACAAGCCAGAUUGCCAGGAGGUAAGGGAAUAUUAAAGAAUAAUAAACAGUUGAAUGAAGAUUUUUUGUCACAAGACUUACCAGAUUGCCAGGAGCUAAUGGAAAAUUAAGGAUAAGAAACAGUUUGAGUGAUGAUAAGAAGCAUCAUUAGUGCCUCGCGCCAAAAGUUCUUCAGUUUUGCUACUGUUUGGGAUAAUUUGGGUGUGAAUUUUUUUGAUUUUUUUUUUUAAUAAAAGGGUAAUUUAGUAUUUUAGGGGUGCGGUACGUAGUAAAAUGGGUGCGGUAUUUAGCAAUUCAGUUUUAAAAAAUGUGUCAGUUAAUGAGUAUAUU